UUAACGUUAGGGUGUUCUUUCUGACUGCCUGUGCUAAACUUCACCAAAUAAUAGCUGUUUGUAUUUUGGCUGCUGCAGUAGCCAUCUUAGCAGCGACCGGGACUCCAGAUCAGUGCAGUGGCACAUUCCUUGACGCGCAGGACGCUGGUGCAGGGGAUGUUGCUAAAGGCUUUGCGUUUGUGGUAUAUUGGAAGAUGUACACAUUCGAAUGUGGAAGGGCUACUUUUUUGUUACAAAGCACAGGAGGUGGUCCAGACAGGCAAGGAUGCACUUCCAGUUCCCGUGCAGAACAGACAAGCGUAUCUACCUGCCAUGCCUGUUUCAGGGAUGCCAAGAAGACUCCUAUUGCAUUGCAGUUUCAUCCAGUCUAGGUUUUAUAACAAGCUUGAUUAGACACAGUGUACAGGUAACAAGCUAAGAUGUGAAGAUUUGCCAGAAAAAAAAGAGAGAAAUCAUGAAAGUUCAGAAGAAAGGAAAGCAGAUGGCCUCGUCCAAGGUAUUAAAGCACACUCCAGCAGCAGCAGCCGUCUCCACUGCUGGGGACCAAAACGCACAAUCCCCCUUCCCCUGCAGCCAGACCAGCCUGCAAGAGCAGCCCAGGGCCUCAGGACCGUCCAAUCACUGCAUGGUGCAUGCCAAGCCGGGCCUGGGUCAGGACCCCGCUCCUUCCGUGAACGGCAUCGAGGACGACGGCGGAGGCAGCAGGGUGAAGAAGAAACGAAAGAAAAAAGAGGAGAAGGAGCCGGGCGGGGGGGCAGCGGCGAAGGGGACGAGCCAGAAAGAACCCAAACCAAAGAAAAAGAGGGAGCUCAAAGAAGAAGGGAAGGAACAGAAAAAAGACAAGCAGCCCAAGGAGGCGAAAAAGGGCAAGGAGCUGAAGCAGCAGAAAGAACCCAAGAAGACGAGGAAACCGCGGGAGACGAAGGGUCCCAAGGAGAAGAGAACUGCCGCUGCCACGAGCCCCAAGAGCAGGGGCCGGAAACCCAGCAAAGAUCAGGGCCAAACUCCUGUGGAGAAGAAGAAGAAGGGGAAGAGGAAAAGUGAGACCCCUGCGGACUCCUUGGAUUCUGACGAGAACGUUUCUCUGACUCUCCAAAUCCCCAGUGCAGAGGAGACCACUGAUUCCACAGACGGGCAGAAGCGCCGCUCAGGCCGGCAAGUGAAGCGGAGGAAAUAUAACGAGGAUCUGGAUUUCAAAGUGGUCGACGACGAUGGAGAAACGAUCGCUGUGCUGGGAACAGGGAGAGUGCCGGCGCUGCCUUCAUCCACACUGGCGUGGCAAUCCGAGGAGCCCCCGGAAGAUGAAGCCAACAUCAUUGAGAGGAUCCUGUCAGCUCGUUGGGUGAAUAACGAGACUUCUCCUGGUGAGCCGACCCUGCAGGCUGAAGAGUUCUAUGUCAAGUACAGGAAUUUCUCCUACCUGCACUGUAAGUGGGCCACGCUUGAAGAGCUGGAGAAGGACCCUAGGAUCAGUCAGAAAAUCAAGCGCUUCAGGAACAAACAGGCACAAAUGAAACACAUUUUCACCGAGCCUGACGAGGACCUGUUCAAUCCAGACUACAUUGAAGUGGACAGAGUGUUGGAAGUAGCCCACACAAAGGAUACAGAGACUGGGGAGGGAGUUACCCAUUAUUUGGUGAAGUGGUGCUCCCUAUCCUAUGAAGAGAGUACCUGGGAGUUACAGGAGGAUGUGGAUCCAGGAAAAAUCAAAGAGUUUGAGGACAUCCAGAAGAUCCCUGCCGUAAAGCACAUGGAGCGCCCGGCCGCAGACACAUGGCAGAAGCUGGAGCGCUCGCGGGACUACAGGAACGCCAACGAGCUACGCGAGUACCAGCUGGAGGGGAUGAACUGGCUGCUGUUCAACUGGUACAACAGAAAGAACUGUAUCCUGGCGGAUGAGAUGGGCUUGGGGAAGACCAUCCAGUCCAUCACGUUCCUCUACGAAAUAUUCCUGCUGGGGAUCCGAGGGCCGUUCCUCAUCAUCGCGCCCCUGUCCACCAUCACCAACUGGGAGCGUGAGUUUCGCACCUGGACUGAGAUGAAUGCCAUCGUGUACCACGGCAGCCAGAUCAGCAGGCAGAUGAUCCAGCAGUAUGAGAUGCUGUAUAAGGAUGAGCAGGCUAACCCCAUCCCGGGUUUGUUCAAGUUCCACGGGGUCAUCACCACCUUCGAGAUGAUCCUGGCUGACUGCCCAGAGCUCAAGAAGAUCCACUGGCGUUGCGUGGUGAUCGACGAGGCUCACCGCCUCAAGAACAGGAACUGCAAGCUGCUGGAAGGGCUGAAACUCAUGAACCUGGAACAUAAAGUGCUGCUGACUGGCACCCCGCUACAGAACUCUGUGGAGGAGCUCUUCAGUCUCUUAAACUUCCUGGAGCCCAUGCAGUUUCCCUCGGAAAACACCUUCCUGGAGGAAUUUGGAGAUCUUAAAACGGAGGAACAGGUGAAGAAGCUGCAGGCGCUCCUGAAGCCCAUGAUGCUGCGCAGGCUGAAGGACGAUGUGGAGAAGAACCUGGCCCCGAAGGAGGAGACCAUCAUCGAGGUGGAGCUCACCAACAUCCAGAAGAAAUACUACCGAGCCAUCCUGGAGAAGAACUUCACUUUCUUGGCCAAGGGGGCCAACCAGCACAACAUGCCCAACCUUAUCAACACCAUGAUGGAGCUGCGCAAGUGCUGUAACCACCCCUACCUGAUAACCGGCGCGGAGGAGAAGAUCCUGGAGGAUUUCCGGAAGAACCACAGCCCCGAAGCCUGGGACUUCCAGCUGCAGGCCAUGAUCCAGGCUGCGGGGAAGCUGGUACUCAUCAACAAGCUGCUGCCCAAGCUGAUCGCCGGCGGACACAAGGUGCUCAUCUUCUCUCAGAUGGUGCGCUGCCUGGACAUCCUGGAGGACUACCUCAUCCAGAGACGGUACACCUAUGAGCGCAUCGACGGGAGAGUUCGAGGGAACCUUCGCCAGGCCGCUAUCGAUCGGUUCUGCAAAGUGGAUUCGGACCGGUUUGUAUUUCUGCUGUGCACAAGAGCAGGGGGCCUCGGCAUCAACCUGACAGCUGCUGACACCUGCAUCAUCUUCGACUCAGACUGGAACCCACAGAACGACCUGCAGGCUCAGGCCCGCUGCCACAGAAUAGGCCAGAGCAAAGCGGUCAAGGUGUAUCGCCUGAUCACCAGGAACUCCUAUGAAAGGGAGAUGUUCGACAAAGCCAGCCUGAAGCUUGGGCUGGACAAAGCAGUGCUGCAGGACAUCAACAAAAAGGGAAGCACCAACGGGGUGCAGCAGCUGUCCAAGAUGGAGGUGGAGGACCUCCUGCGCAAGGGGGCAUACGGAGCCCUAAUGGACGAGGAGGACGAGGGCUCCAAGUUCUGCGAGGAAGACAUUGACCAGAUCCUGCAGCGCCGAACGCGGACCAUCACCAUCCAGACCGAGGGAAAGGGAUCCACCUUCGCCAAGGCAAGCUUUGUAUCUUCAGGAAACAGAACUGACAUUUCUUUAGACGACCCGAACUUUUGGCAGAAGUGGGCGAAAAUAGCAGAGCUGGAACUCGAUUCCAAAGAUGAAAAGGUGAGCUUGGUGAUCGACACCCCGCGCGUGCGAAAGCAGACCCGACACUACAACUCCUUCGAGGACGACGAGCUGAUGGAGUUCUCCGAGCUGGAGAGCGACUCCGAGGACCGGCCGUCCCGAACCCGCCGCCUGAACGAGAGGAACCGCCGCUACAUGCGGGCCGAGUGCUUCCGGGUCGAGAAGAACCUGCUCAUAUUCGGCUGGGGCCGCUGGAAGGACAUCCUGACCCACGGCAGGUUCAAGUGGCACUUGGUGGAGAAGGACAUGGAGCUGAUCUGCCGAGCGCUGCUGGUCUACUGCGUCAAACACUACAAAGGAGAUGAGAAGAUCAAGAGCUUCAUCUGGGACCUCAUCACCCCCACCAAGGACGGGCACAGCCAGGACCUGCAGAACCACUCCGGCUUGUCUGCGCCGGUUCCCAGGGGGAGGAAGGGGAAGAAGCUGAAGAAUCCCUUGUCCCUGCCGGAGACAAAGAGCGCAGACUGGCUGCUCAGCUGCAACCCAGAGAUCCUGCUUCACGACGACAGCUACAAGAAGCACCUCAAGCAGCACUGUAACAGGGUUCUGCUCCGAGUGAGGAUGCUGUACUACCUGAAGGCGGAAGUGCUGGGAGAGGCGGCUGUCAAAUCUUUAGAAGGCAUUCCCAGUCGCGACCUGGAUGUGCUGCUCCCUGAUAUUGACUACCUGGAGAUUCCAGCGGAGUGGUGGGACGGGGACGCUGAUAAAUCUCUGCUUAUAGGCGUCCACAAGCAUGGGUAUGAAAGAUACCAUGCCAUGCGGACAGACCCCAAGCUGUGCUUCCUGGAGAGGGUGGGGAUGCCUGAUGAAGUGGAGCAGGGGGUUGCAGACGUGCUCAGUGAGAGGAGCGACACGAGUAAAGAAGAUGACUUGGUCAACAAGGAGGCUGUGGAGUGCGAUAAAGACUUGGCUGAGGAGGAAGCUGUCGUCUGUAACGAAGCCGAAGACAAAGUAGAAAAUGUCACUGCGGCCCCGGACUGCUCCGAUCAAGACAGACCCGUGUGGCCGGUUCCUUCCUCCUUGACCGCGAGACUGCGCCGGCUGAUCACUGCGUACCAGCGUUUCAACCGGAAGGAGCUGAUUCGGAGUGAGUUCCUGGUGCCAGACGGCCACGGCACCUGGCAUCUUUCCGAGGAAAUGAGGAGGAGAGUCGUGGAGCCGGACCCCCUGUUCCUGGAGCUGCAGAACAGGUGGACCAGAAGGGAACAGGCAGAUUUCUACCGGACGGUCUCUUCCUUUGGAGUGGUUUUCGACCCGGAAAAGAAGUGCUUUGACUGGACGCAGUUCAGGAUGUUCGCUCGGUUAGAGAGAAAGACAGACCAGAGCCUGGAGAGGUAUUUCCACAGCUUCGUGGCCAUGUGUCGCUGCUCCUGCCGACUGCCUCCCAGGAAAGACGAAGGGCCGCUGGACCAGCCCGUGUACGUGGAGCCGAUCACGGAGGAGCGAGCGGCGCGGACGCUGUACCGGAUGGAGCUGCUGCGGAAGGUGCGCGAGCAAGUCCUCCGGCACCCCGAGCUGGCGUCGCGGCUCCAGCUGUGCCAACCCAGUCUCUACCUCCCCGUGUGGUGGGAGUGUGGCAAACACGACCGGGACCUCCUGAUCGGGGCCGCCAAGCACGGGCUGAGCCGCACGGACUACUACAUCCUCAACGACCCCCAGCUCUACUUCCUGGAGGCGCACAGGAACUACGUGCAGAAGGAGAAGCAGCGCCACCCCGGCCACGCCCUGGCGCGUUGCUGCCUCUACGAUGCCAAUGUCAGCCAGUGCGCCUCCCCGUUCCCUUACCCAGGGACCCACCAUGCCAUGGAGGCUGCAGGGAGCAUCAUGGACCCCUGUGUUGGGGAGGUGGGGCCGGGCAGUAAGGAUGUGUUCAUGGAGGACUCGAUGAGUCUGGCUUCUCUUCACCACGAUGAGACCUUGGGGGCAGGUAACGCACUACACGGAAAAGCUUUGAAAGACUCGUCCAACGCUUUCCCUUUUAACACGGACACUGGGGGGCAGAGCAUGCUGAAUACGUACAGCGUGCAAGCCGACGCGCAGGCUGUCGCAGGCAAGCUGCACGUAGAUUCUUUAGGGAAUGAGCAGAACCACUGCGAGGCCGAUCUGAUGGCACCGUCGGGCAGCCUGGAUGAGAUGCAGACACAGUGGGACAGCACGGAGCAUUCCAACGCAGCGGAUAUAUUUAACGAAUCAGGAGCGAUCCUCGGGGCGCAGACCCUGGAGUCAGAGUUCCUAGAUUCAGCCCAGCCAGCCGAGGAAAGAGCAGAAAGCUCCCUACCAGACUGCAUGACCAUGCCGAGCUUGAACUCCCAAGGCAAUAGUAUGGAGCUUUUACCAUCCAGCUUCAUGCUGUUUAAGGAAAUAACUGGUCCAGUUAAUGUUCAAGACGAGCCUGAAGUUCCAGGCAUAUGCGUUGAUCCCUGUGCAACCGACUAUGUACCUUCUGUCACUGUGACGGACCUCAAAAUGAACCACGACUGUGAGGACCAUGUACAGGAGAACAUCAGCGAACCUGUGGAAAAGCUGAGCGAUUCUGACGUCACCCAGAGCGCGCCAAGCCUGUGCGAUGGCAGUGAGAGUGUAAACCUGGAGUUCGACAAGGACUAUCUCUCGCAUGAUGACCAGAGUAACGUAGAAGAGCCCGAGGAGGGACAGAGGGAGGCUGGACAAGGCUGUGUCUGUGACGUUGGAGAUGAAAAUACCCUCAGCAGUCAAACCUACGAAGGAGCAGACCAGGCGUCUCCCGCGUUCUCGGUUCUGGAGGCUCCCCCUGCAUCGUCGGGAUCGGAGUCGGUUGGGGAGUUGAGAGCGGGGGAGUACAGCGAAGACCAGCACUUCACAGACAAUAAGCCCAUAAAAUCAGAGGCUGGAGCUGGUCUGAUAGCACCCAGACAAGAAGAGAUGGGGCUGUUUGCCCUGAAUGAUGAAAAACCCCAACCCACAGCUGUUCCUGUGGAGAGCUGUGAAGAUGAUGCCUCUGCCCACGCUGCUUGCUUUGAGAUCCAGGAGGGGCUUCUCCAGGACAUCCGGGAGCCCACCAUCGCUCAGCUGCUGCAGGAGAAAGCGCUUUACUCCUUCUCUGAGUGGCCAAAGGAUCGGGUGAUCAUCAACCGGAUCGAUAACAUCUGCCACGCCAUCCUGAAGGGGAAAUGGCCAUCUUCUAGUCAGCAGUUUGACUCUCCGAGCUCUGUGUCUGCCCAGAGCUGUGCGAACAGCAUCGCUCACAGAAACAAUGUCCUGUCCGCGCGGGUCCCUGCGACCCAGAGCCUGAGCUUCAGCAUUGGGGCUGGCGUCCCUCAACUCGCCAAGGAUGGGUUGGUGGGCAUGUCAUUCAUGCGGGACCCCAGGAGAAGCCGGCGGGGGUUUGAGUUUGAAUCGGAGGCAACCUCCAAGCAGGGCAGGAUGGAGAAGAUCCCGGUGGUUCUGAAUGGCUGGCAGGAGGCUGCCAUGGACCUCUCGAAGGCGGGGGACCUGUCUGCGGGCAGCUCCCCCAAGCUGGCCUCCGCUGGCCCCCGGCAGAGCUCACUGGGACUGGACAUGGCCGGGAUCCUGCAGGCCGGCCUCAUUCACCCCGUCACCGGGCAGAUCGUCAACGGUAACUUGCGCAGGGAUGACGCCGUCUUGAGGAGGAGGCGGGGCCGCAGGAAGAACGUGGAAGGGGUGGACCUGCGAUUCGCCAAAAACAGAAGCCUUCAGAGUCAGGAGCAGAAUGGUCAGGAGGGUCCAGGCCUGCCUUGCUCUGGGCCCGUGCCGUCUGACAGGCGAAACCCUGCCACACAAACUCAAGAAACACAGAGUGUGGUGAUGGAAAGGGAGGUCGCCAACAAGAGCCUGCUGGAGUGGCUCAGGCAAAAUCCCAACUACACAAUGGAGAUGCCCGCCUUCUCCCAUAACGUUGGGAUCUUGCACGGCUUUGCGGAGCGACCCAAGCAGAGGAGGCAUCGCUGCAAAGACCCCAGCAAGCUGGACGUGAACUCGCUGACCGGAGAGGAGAGGGUCCCUGUGGUGCACAAGGGCACAGGGAGGAGGCUGGGAGGCGCAAUGGCUCCAGCUAUUAAGGAGUUGUCCCGGUGGCUGGAUGCCAAUGCAGAGUAUGCUGUGACAUCAGAUUGGGCUGAGAUCGUCAAACACUCCGGGUUUCUUCCGGAAGACAAGUUCAGCCGCAUCCUCACUGAGCCAGUCUUCAGAGACCCGGGCCCCAGGAGAAGAGGCAGGCGUCCCCGGAGCGAGGUGGUCAAGGCAGCUGGAGCCAUCCCAGACUCCCCUUCUGCGAUGGGGUCCUUGUUCAUGAACGGACUGAUCAGCGGCAUGGACUUGGUGAGCCUCCAGAACCUGAGGAACAUGCAGGGGUUCCCCUUGACUGGACUUGUGGGCUUCCCUCAUGGGUUUGCCACAGCGCUCCCUGCUGGGGAGGAGGGCAAGGGCGGGCUGAACAUGUUGCCCAUGAUGCUGCAUGGCAUGGCCGCUGUCCAGCCACACAUGUUCAGCGUCAGCGGACUCCUGAAGCCGGCAGCCACUGCAGCGAUCAGCAGCACCACCGUCACCAGCAGCAGCACAUCGCCCUCUUCCUGCGGGGCGGAGAAGGACCCUGCGGACGCACCCAAAAGAGAGGAGUCAGAGGAGAAGCAGAGUGCCACCAGCACCAGCAGCCACCCUGAGCCCACAGUAACUGCGAGCGGACCGCUAGCUUUCAAUCCUUUCCUGAUCCCGGGCAUGUCUCAUGGGCUGCUGUACCCGCACAUGUUCCUCCCACAUGGCGUCAGCAUGGCGCUGCCCGGCGUGCAGCAGGCCAGCUCCUCGGGUGAGAGCCCCAAGAGCAAGAAGAGGAAAGUGAAGGAGGACGAAGCUGGGUGCAAAGCCACCUCUCAGACUGAAUCCCCUCCAGAGACCCAGAACCAAACCAGCACAGAACAGGAGCCGCCCCCGCUGCCCGCAGGGGACUGUGCAGAGCAAACAGCUGAGGAGGGGGAGGGGUUACUAUAGGCCAGCCUUCGUACUGUACAACAGAGUUACCAGUGUGUGGUGUGUAGGUCAGAAAUCUAAAUGUAAAGUCUUUUAUUAUACACUUAUUAUUAAUGUUUAUAGAUCUUCUCCACUGUACUUUGUGAUGAUUCUAGCCCCCGUCUCAAGCUCAUUUGAAACAAACACUGGAGCGGCUCUAAGGGUUUGAAGCAUGCAGAGUCCUGCCCCUGCCCUCAAGCCUGGCUUGUGUCCAGUGAUCAGACUGGUGGUCUUUUGUGAAGCUGCUGCUUAUGCACACAGCACCGUGGGGGUUGGAUUUCAGCUCAGUGCUUCACAGCACUCUCAAAGCAGGUGGACCAGUAUACUGUGCUGCAGCAGGGUCCCUCGGUGUACUGCAGGGUCCCUCAGUAUACUGUGCUGCAGCAGGGUCCCUCAGUAUACUGUGCUGCAGCAGGGUCCCUCGGUGUACUGCAGGGUCCCUCAGUAUACUGUGCUGCAGCAGGGUCCCUCGGUGUACUGCAGGGUCCCUCGGUGUACUGCAGGGUCCCUCAGUAUACUGUGCUGCAGCGGGGUCCCUCAGUAAGCUGUGCAGGUUGCUGGAUUGUAUCACACGCUUGGGGUCCUGGUCCAGCGAUGUAUCCUUAUAUUUUAUUCUCAGUGCUGGUUGUUUCGUUUCUGUAUGUUGCAAGGUUUUCUUGCUGGUGUUAACAGGGUUCUCAAAUUCUUCCCACACUUAUAUCUUUCCAGGUCAGUAUGCAAAAACAAAACCAACCCCAAAUUUCCCCCACACAGGGUCCCGCAGGAAAGAGAAAUAUCGCUGCUUAAAAAAAACAAAAAAAAACAAAAGGAAAUUCUAGAGGCCUUCAGAAGUUGUCGCUGGGGAUAGCUUCAAAGAGCCAAGGUUAAAUACUAAUAUAUAUAUACACAUACACAUACACACACACACACACACACACACAAACAAAUCUAUUUUGCUGUGUCACUUUUAAACAAUCCUUUUAAGUUGCAGUUGUAAUGUUUGCAGAAUGUGUGCUUUUAAAAGUCCCUGCAGACGCACAUGUGCUUGUCCUGGAUGUACAUGCUAGUGUGCUGUGUCAGUACAGAAGCACAUGGGUGGAUCGGCGUGCAGAAGGAAUGUUUUUCAAAGACGUUCAUAGCGUGCUUCUGUGCGAGUUCUAGAAGAAAUCACUAGGGUACAAGACACAGAGUGCCUGUAAAGGUUGCGGUCUUUCUGUAUAAUUUACCCUAUUUUAGUACUGUAGGUUAGA